UAUCUGACCGACAGGUACCCCUAAUAACCCAGUCUUUUGGAAAUGGGGACUGAUGGAGCCGAUAUGACGCGCUGUUUGACUGAUGUACCUUUAUUUUCAGACACGAUGGCUCCCCGGCUGCUGCUGGUGUUGCUGUGCUCCACCCUCCUCGGCCCCGGGGCCACAGGGGCCUGUCCGGCGCUCUGCCGGUGCUACCCCCGGCGGGCCGAGGUGGUCUGUUCCGGGGUCCCCCUGAUGGAGUUCCCCUCCGAGGGUCUCCCCCCCAACACCACCAUGCUCACCGUCCAAUACUCCAACAUCACCGCCAUCUCCGAGCUGCAGCUCAGCGCCACGCCUCUGCUGGAGGGCCUCCACCUGUACGGCAACCAGCUGAGGAGCCUGUCCCCGGACGUCCUGCGCGGCGUCCCCCUCCUGCACACCCUGGACCUCACCGGCAACCGGCUGGCCGACCUGCCUGCCGGCGUCUUCGGCCACGCCGCGCUCACCACCCUGGUCCUCAAGAACAACCUGAUGGAGGCGGCCGAGGCCGAGUGGUUCCCGGACCACAGCAGCCUCACCUGGCUGGACCUGUCCGGGAACCGCCUGACCGGCCUCCCCGCCACCCUGCUCCACAAGCUGCCGCAUCUCGAGAGCCUGGACCUCUCUCACAACCGCCUGGAGAAGAUCCAGGCCAAGUCCCUGGACACGCUGGUCAAACUGGAGAGGUUGAACCUGCAGGGGAACAAACUGGUCCGCCUGGAGCCGGCACUGUUCCACCACACGGCCAACAUCACCAACCUGUACCUCACCAACAACCGGCUUGAGACGCUUCCCCCGAGCCUGUUCCAGGGCCUCGGCCACCUCAAGGUCCUGGGUCUGGAGGAGAACCAGCUGGGGUACCUUCCUCCGGGGCUGCUGGAUCAGCUGUCCUCCCUGGACGAGGAGGGCUUGGACCUGACGGCCAACCCCUGGAGCUGUGACCAGAAGGUAGAGUACCUGUGGAGAUGGCUUCAGAAGAACAAGGGGAAGGCUUUCCUGGCAGACACCGUGCGCUGCGCCGCGCCGCUGCCUCUCGCCGGCCGCGCGCUGCUAUCCUUGACGGAGAGCGAACUGAACCUUGAGUCCUAACUCAUCCGUGGCUUGAUAUCGACGCGUGUACUUUCUCUUACCAUUGAUUUUUUUUGCUUUCAUGAACACAAUUCUUCCUUUUUUACCAAACUAAUAAAAUGUUUAUUCCGCUGUUCCAUGGCACAACACAUUUCAAAGAUAAGAGGAAGUUUAUCAUGAUUAUUCAAAUAAAUAUAAUUAAUUAGAUCAUUCAAUUAAAUCACAUAGCUCAAUAUAGCACAGUCAACAUAUAUACGUAGACAAGAGUUUACAUGUAUUCUUGUGGCUAAAUGGACCAACGUUGGGUUGUUAAAUAAAUAAAGAUUGCAAGGCAAAAUUAUCUCUGGUUUGAAAGAGCU